AACACAAAUAAUUGGUCAACAAAUCUCUAAUUUUGUUUGCACUACUCUACUCUCUCAAAAAUGGGCAUCAAAGGGAAAUUGGAAGUGGAAGUUGAUAUAAAUUGUCAUGGUGAUAUUUUUCAUGAAAUUUUUAGCACAAGGCCUCACCAUGUCUCAGACAUGUCACCCUCAAAUAUUCAUGCUUGUGAUGUGCAUGACGGUGAAUUUGGCAAGCCUGGCUCUAUCAUUAAUUGGAACUAUACCCUCGACGGAAAAAAAUGUGUUGCAAAGGAGCUAGUGGAAGUAAUCGACGAGGAGAACAAGCUAGUGAGAUUCAAAAUCAUCGAAGGAGAUCUCCUAAACGAGUUUAAGACCUUCACUCUUACAGUCCAAGUGAUUCCAAUGGGUGACAUAACCGGAGUGAAAUGGACCGCCGAGUUUGAUACAAUUGAUGAUAAAGGGCAUUAUCCUACCAAGCUAAUCGACUUUUGCAUUGCAGUCUCUAGAGAUAUCGAGGCUCAUCACCUUAAAGAUGACAAGUGAUCGACUAGCUCUACGUCGAAAAUUAAACUACCGAUCGAUUGAUGGCCUAAGGGUUAUAUCCGGGUGUGUUAUUAUCGUUUGUUGUAUGCAAUAUGUUUGAAUUUGCGAAAUGUACAGCUGAUCAUAGAAGGCUGUUUAUUUGCUGUUGUUUUAUGUUUGAUUGUGUGUAUCUUAAUAAAGUAAUAAGUAAUUGUACUUUAUGUAUGCAAUAUGAAUAUUUACACUCGGUGACUCCGAUUCGUAUUGUUUAUGAAUUGAUAAAAGAUUUAACAGUUAUGUUUCA